UGGAAAUUAUCUCAAAACAAGAGCUUUACACAAGAUUUGGAGUUUGUAUUUUUGGUCAUUUAACUUCUAGGCUUAAUAACAUUUCAGUGGCUUUAGUGAACUUUUUUGAAAAAAGCUUUCCUCUUCUGUCCACAGUCUUAAUUUGAGUCCCUUAGUCAGUCACUAAGCAUGUUUGGAACAGUCCCCAGUGCUUUGCAAAGGUUCAUAUUGCAGAACAGUCACGUAUGGGUAUUUGUAGUUAUAAAUACUUGACCAGUCUCCAGGGGUGGGGCUUCCAACCCUUUAAACAACCCUGUUGCCUGUUAUCAAGCGAACUUUUUGCUCUAAGUGCCAGAAGUGAUCGUGAUAGGCCGUCUUUCACUGAGAAAUAAAUAUAAUGGAACAGAAUGGCUCUGCUUCAAAUGCCGAUAAGAUCCACCAGAAUCGCCUGUCUGGUGUAACAGAAGAUGAAGACCAAGACGCCGCUCUUACCAUUGUGACAGUGCUGGACAAAGUUGCCGCCAUCGUGGACAGUGUACAGGCCAGCCAGAAGAGAAUAGAAGAGAGACACCGGGAGAUGGGAAACACUGUGAAGUCUGUCCAGAUUGACCUGUUGAAGCUUUCCCAGUCACACAGCAAUACAAGCCAUGCCAUUAACAAGUUGUUUGAGAAAACCCAAAAAGUCAGUGCUCACAUUAAAGACGUGAAGGCCCGGGUGGAGAAGCAACAAAUUCACGUGAAAAACGUUGAGACAAAGCAAGAGGAGAUAAUGAAGAAAAACAAAUUCCGUGUGGUAAUAUUCCAGGAGGAGAUGCGGUGUCCCACAUCCCUCUCUAUUGUUAAAGAAAAGAACUUAACGGAGAAUCAAGAGGAGGAUGACGUCAUCUUUGAGCCCCCAAUCGACCUGUCUUCGGAUGAAGAAUAUUACGUUGAAGAAAGCAGAUCUGCCAGGCUUAGAAAGUCAGGCAGGGAGCGCAUCGAUAAUAUCAAGAAGGCAUUUUCCAAAGAAAACAUGGAGAAGACGCGGCAGAACUUGGAUAAGAGAGUUAAUCGCAUUAGAACGAGAAUAGUGACCCCCGAGAGGAGAGAGAGGCUACGACAGUCAGGAGAGAGGUUGAGGCAGUCGGGAGAGAGGCUGAAACAGUCAGGGGAAAGAUUUAAGAAGUCUAUUUCUAAUGCAGCUCCCUCGAGGGAAACUUUUAAGAUGCGACACCUUCAGAAAGCUAAAGACCGAACUGUGGCGGAAGGCCCAGAAAAGGUCAGGGAGAUGGGCGUGGACAUCACUGCCAGGAGCGAGCCUCUGGGGACAGUUGGUGAGCUCUACACUGAGGAGUUCAGUGAAACAGACCAGGAAGAAGCGAGGGCCGUGUGUCCUCCCCGAGAAGGAGGGGAAAUCCCGACCCCCGAGCCUUUAAAAGUUACUUUUAAACCCCAGGUGAAAGUAGAUGAUGAUGAAUCUCUUUUGCUAGAUUUAAAGCAGUCAUCAUAAAGAGGAACUAAAUAUAUUUUUAAGUAUAAACUUUAAUCACGUGGGUCUUGUUUAAAUAGUAUAGUCAUUUACAUUUAUAUGCUACAUAGGAAAUAAUAAGUGGCAUGACUGUUUCUUCUGUUUAAAAUCUUAAUACAGGUAUUACGUACAUUUCCUAGUAACUUCCUUGGGAAUUCUUUUUUUUCUCCCCUGGGCUUGUAAGAUUCUAGCAGCUUUCUCUCAUGCCACUCUAACGGGAGGUGUGGAUUUUUAAGUUCCUUUCUCUUGCCCACCAGAAAAAUCGUUUCCUAGUGAGGGUCAGUGAGGUGUUUAGUAAUCUAAAACAAGUAAAGGGCAAAUUUCUGGCCAUCAUCUGCAAGUGAACUCUCAAUUUUGAUCUAAAUGAAUGUGGCCAACUGCUGGGGGGAACCCCUCACAUGUGGACUAUAUCAUCCAUAUGUUCAAAUCAACAGAUGUGUUUGUUAAUUAGGAAUCACACACCCUUUUGGUGUUUUUGCAUACAAAAUGUUGAAGUUCUGGACUUGAGCAUUUGGUUCUGGCAUCACAGUUUUACUCAACAGUGAGCUACUUGACAAAUCGUGUGCUAAUAAGCUCAUCAGUAAAAUGGAAAAGGUUUCAGAGGACUGUUGUGAGAUUGAAGGAAACUUUGUCCAUUCUGGGGGAACAAACAACACAUCCAGAGAAAACAAGCCCCGCUGAUUCCUCAAAAAUGGAAGCGAAAUAAUCACACCUUUUGAAAAAGCCCUGAGCACCAAGUGGGGAGGACGUAGGUUGGACAGAAACUAUAGUUGGUCUUCAGAAGCCUUUUCACAGAGUCGGGAAUGAAAAAUAAAUGUUUGGGUGACGUCUUUUUUUGUCAAAGACUAAAACCAAACCUAGGGUUUAAUAGUAAAAUGUUUCCUAGAAAAUCCUUUCCUAAUUUUCUUUCGAGUUAGAUCUCGGGUGGACUAGAGCACAUUUGUUUGAGCAGCGUGAAGCAUGAAACUGUCUUCAUGAGGCCUUCCUAACGUCAGCCCAACAGUAGGUUUGGUAAUGACCUCAGAUGUUUCUGUUUUAGAGAGUGAACCCCUCAGGGUUCAUCUGGCCAAAGAGUGUUCAUAGGAGUUCAUCAUAGCUGCUUUGGGAGGGAGCCAGCUUCCCCUUAGCUUUAGGUCUAGCUCAUCUGGACGUAGAUAUUCUUGCUAAAGAGAGAAACGGUCAUACAAGGUCUGCACUUCUGGUAAUGUUUCAAUCUUCUAGUUUUGUAAUAGGGAAGAAAUGAUGGAAUUAUUGCAUUUGAGCAACAGUAAGCUUUCGGAUCAGUUUUGGGUGCUCAUGUAGGAGUUAAGUGUAAUAACUGUGUACAUACAUACACACACACACACACACACAUACACACACAGCAAAUCAACUUUCAAAUAUUUGACCUAGGUACCCAGAUAUUUAUUUGAGUGUGGGCAUUUGAUUCAGCAUCAUUUCUUCUUCACUCUUCAUGAACACAUAAAGUCAUAAAUGGUUCAUUUCAUCUUUUGAACACUGAAGUGUAGACAGCAUUGAACAAUACUUUGAAAUGAGUAAUUUAGAAAAUGUUACUAUCAUUUAAAAAGAGUUUGGGUGCCUAAUCGCAUAUUUCCUUAAAGCCAUAAUAAAAUUGAAUUUAAAAAAGAUACUACAAGCUGACUCUGGGUGGUGAACACACAGUGUGAUUUAUGGAUGAUGUGAUACAGAA